CCUCCCCUCUCCCUCUCCACUCGUCACUGCGCAGCAGGCCGCUCCGUGCACCCUCAGCCUACGCCGCCUCGCACCACACUCGCGCAGGCACUCGCCGCCGGCCGCCCCGCCCUGCGCAACCCACCGCCCGCCAUGAGCCUCGGCGUGACCGGCGAGCCGGACGCGGCCCUCUGGCGCGAUGCCGCGGUGCAUGCCAACCUGGCGCCGCUCGUGGCGCCGCUCAGCGCUGCGCUCGCCGGCGUGACGCUCGUGCUGCCGCACGGCGCGGCGCAGCUCUCGCCCGCCGUGCUCGCCGACGUGGCGUUCGACGUGCAGCGCUUCCAGCACCGCGUGCUCGGCCCCGAGGCGCCGCGCACGGCCGCACCGCACCCGCCGCGCAUCCCCGCCAACGUCUUCCUGCCCGGCGCCUCCUUUCUCGCCAUGUCGACGCCGCCGGCCGCCGACGGCGCGCUGGCCACGCUGCUCGAGGCUGUCAUCGGCGGUGCUGCCCGUGCCGCCCUGCCCGCCUGGAAUGUCGACGACGCGGCCCACGAGCCCGCGUUCCGGCAGCUCAUCGUCGACGCUCGCGCGGCACUGCGGCAGAAGGGCCACCUGAAGAAGACGAUCAUUGCCGCUGGUGCAGACGUGACUGAGGCAGAGGUGGACACAUACCGGAAAGCAGCUGCGGCGCUGGAUUGCGAGUGGACCAAGGACGCCGCCGCUGCCACGCACGUUCUGUUCUCCUCGCCCGAGUCGCCGCGCCAGUCGCCGGCUCCGGGCGGCGAGGCGCCGUCCGAGUACUUCCGCACGCUUGCGCGCAUGCAGCUCUCCAGCGGCGCGUCGCUGGCGCUCAUCCACGUCUGGUACCGGCCCGACUCGUACGACGCUUGGCUGCCCGCGCAGGACUUCUCCUCGCCCGAGCCCGAGCCGACGCCCAAGGGCUCAGCCUGGGUCGUCGGCAGCAAGUGGCUGACCGAGGCGCUGCGCUACAACGAGCUGAUGAACGAGGAGGACUACGAGAAGGAGGAGACCGACGCGGCGCAGAGCGAGACGGCCUCGGCGGCGGACGCAGCCGAGAAGACGGAGGGCUCCGCGGCGCGCACCUCGCGCAAGCGCGGUCUGCCAGAGGAGGUCACCGUGCCCAGCGGCGAAGACGACCCAGAGGCACCGGCCGGCGGCGGCGGAAAGCGCAUCAAGCUCUUCGUCGCAGCGCGGCCGAGCGGCGCCGUGGCAGUCGACCUGUCCGGGUCAAACGGCCCGCCGCCGGGCAAGAACUACGAGGUGCACCCGGUCGCUGGCGGCGCCAUCGGCAACCUGCCGCCGGAGGCGGAGCCAUCGCGCACGGACGAUGAGCCGGCUCCUGUCAGGGUCGUCGGCCAGGCUGCACCCGCGCCCACGUCGGGCGACGGAGACGUGAGCAUGGCGGAUGCCGGCGCAUCAGCGCGUCCAGCCGACGCUGGCGCUGCGGCCGAGUCUGGCGUCGCCACGCCUGCCAUCGACGUCACUGCCAGUGCCGAGGGCGACGCGGCGCUGCGCAACCAUCAGCGCCAGGUCGCCGAGAAUCUUGCGCGCAAGUACCUGGCCGAGCAGACGCAGGAGGUCAUCAUCCCGUCCUACUCGACGUGGUUCGCCUUCUCGGGCAUCAAUGCCAUCGAGAAGCGCAGCCUGCCUGAGUUCUUUAACGGCAAGAACCGCUCCAAGACGCCGACGAUCUACCGCGACUAUCGCGACUUCAUGAUCAACACGUACCGCCUGAACCCGAGCGAGUACCUGACCUUCACCGCCUGCCGGCGCAACCUGGCCGGCGACGUGUGCGCGAUCAUGCGCGUGCACGCUUUCCUCGAGCAGUGGGGCCUCAUCAACUACCAGGUCGACCCGGAGAGCCGGCCCGCCACGCUCGGCCCCCCUUUCACUGGCCAUUUCCGCAUCACUGUGGACACGCCGCGGGGCCUCCAGCCUCUGCACCCGGGCACGCGGCCCUACCAGCAGCCGAGCGGCGCCGCCCUGUCUGGCGUGCCGCGCGGAGAGGGCUCGCACGCGGGCACCUCGGCGGCGGGCGCAGGCGCGCCGGACCUCGUCACCGAGCUCCGCCGCAACGUCUACCAGUCGACGAUGAAGAGCUCGACGCCGGUCGAUGGCCCCGCGGCUUCGUCACUCGCAGCUGCGGCUGACGCGGCUGUGCGUGCCGGCGCCGGCGCUGCGCCUUCCUACUCGUGCGACACGUGCGGCACCGACUGCACGCGCACGCGCUACCACAGCGUCCACGCGCCGUCGCGCGGCCCAGGUGCCGGUGGCUACGUGCUGUGCUCGAGCUGCUACCUCGAGGGCCGCUUCCCGUCGUCGAUGUACAGCGGCGACUUCGUGCGCGUCGACGACACGGCCUUCAAGCAGGGCGGCGCGCCGAGCGAGGACGACUGGAGCGACGCAGAGAUGCUGCGUCUGCUUGAGGGCCUCGAGAUGUUCGACGACGACUGGGCGCAGGUCGCCAACCACGUCGGCACGCGCAGCCGUGAGCAGUGCAUCACGCGCUUCCUGCAGAUGCCCAUCGAGGACCCUUACCUCGACGGCGGCGCGCCGCGCACGAACGGCAGCGUGCCGGCUGCCGCAGAAGGCUCGAACGGUGCUGCAAACGGCGAUGUCAAGCAGAGCGACCUGGGACCGCUGCAGUAUGUGCGCGACCUCAAGAACGCCGCGAUCCCCUUUGCGCAGACGGACAACCCGGUCAUGAGCGUCGUGGCGUUCCUCGCCAGCGCUGUCUCUCCGGCCGUAGCAGCUGCGGCGGCGCAGAGCGCCCUCGGCGAGCUCACAGAAGGCAUGCGUCGCCGCAUCGCCCGGAAAGAUGCCGCUGAGAAGGCAAAGGAGGCCGAGUCGCCGAGCAAGGCCAAGGACGGCGACGCGUCUGCUGCCACUGACGCCGAGGCGACUGCUGCCGACGCUAUGGACGUCGACAAGGCGAAGGAGCCCGAGACACCGACGGAGGGCGCCAGCGCGGCAGAGCCGUCCACAUCAGAAGCACCGGCGAACGGCAAGCCGGCCACGCCUCGCGACCCGGAGACGGUGCCGCGCAACGCCGUCGAAAAGGCCGCCGCCGUGGCGCUGGGUGCGGCCGCGGCCAAGGCGCACGUGCUUGCCACCUUCGAGGAGCGCGAGUGCCAGCGCCUCGUGAGCCAGGUCAUCGAGGCGCAGAUGCGCAAGAUGGAGAUCAAGAUGGCGCAGUUCGAGGAGCUCGAGAGCCUGCUCGAGGCCGAGCGCCGCUCCGUGGAGGCAGGACGCAAGCAGCUCUACGCCGACCGCCUCGCCGUGCAGCGGCAACUCGCUGCCGUCAGCGAGCUGCUGCGCAAGGCCACGCAGACGCCCCGCGACGUCACGGCGCGCGACCUGCAGGGCAGCUCGAGCGCCGCGCACGGCGUGCCGCAGCAAGGGCCCAUCAUCCGCGCCCACGAGGGCGGGCAGGCGCCGCCGGCUGGCACGUACGCGCAGAUCUGAGGGGCCGUCCCUGUCGCCGUCUGUCUCUCCCCUGUCACGAGUGUCCUGCGCUGGAAAUCUGAUAUCAUUCUGCAUCA